UCCAUUGAUGUGUGCUAGAAUGUGUGUACGACAGGGACAGGCAUCGUGAAUCCAGGGCUGGGCAUAUGGCUAUAGUUCCUAAAGAAAUCAGGGCUCACCUCACCGUGCACGGGUCUGGAACUUGAACGAAGGGGAGCGAGGAGUGAGUCUGUGAGUGGGGGCUGUGUGCGUCAUGUGCUGCAGCGCCUGGCGGCAACACACACGCACAGGUUUCGGGACAGAGCUUUUCUCAGGCAUUCAGCGCUGAAUUGAUCGGCUCUAGUCGCUUAGUAGACUAUAGUCCAAAAUACUGGCGGAUCUGGACGGAGACAAUUUCGUGUUCUGAUCUCUUAAAAAAAACAUUUCUAGUCAUUUCUACUAUUUCUAAAUAAAAGGGGGGGCUAUUUCCUCCAUUUCCAUCCAUCCAUUCUUCCAUCUUUCCCUCCCCUAAGUGCCUCUGGACGGAUAGCCGAGGAGGCCGUGGAGCGCACUUGUUCAGGAAGGGGAGAAAGAGGACGAGCAGGACACUGUUUUUUCCAGCGGGCAGAGGCACUCUGCGGGGAGGGGUUGGUGUUCGACUUUCACGGCUUCUGCACUGCGCUCGACCCGCUUGUGGAGAUCACGAUGACUGGUGGCGAGACACCCGAGCGGUGGCGGAUGCUCCCCACUCUGCUAUGGUGAUGUUGCCCGCGUCCAAAUGUCCCCUCCUCGGAUGAGACCACGUAUGAAUGGACGGCUGUGCAGGUGAUGGAGAGAAUAUGAUCAUUGUGUCGAGAGGGACAUCAUUGCAUUGUUGAUUCAGCUCUAAUAGUACCCUACAUUACAUUACAAACCACGACGGAUUUCAAUUAAAGAUGAUUAUUGAAUGCAAAUAAGAACAAUCAACAAAUGUCACAUUUAUUCUUUUCGUGUAUAAGGAUGCCAGUUCAUCUUUGCGCGCGUGUAAAGCGAGUGUGAGGUGGCGGGAGACAAAUUAGCCAGUGUACCAAACAUUGCGGAUGUUACAAAAUAAAUAAAUAAUUAUAGAUUUUAGCUAUUUUUUCCAACAUGUUUUGGUGUCUGAAACGGACCAUGGCAAUCACGACCAACAUGCCCGGUUGAGGGGAAACACUUGGUGGAUUUAUUUUCUUAUUUUGAUAAUCUGAUUGAUUUUAAUAUUGUGCUGUGGUCAUGAUGACAACGAUGGAGCAGCCAUGGAGAACAUGAAACAUUUAUACUAACUCAUCUUGGAAUGUCCCCAAUCUGAUAUCCCCAAUAUCUCAACAGAGCCUUACUCUUCUUUUUUGGACAUCUAAAAACGACCUGAAGAAGAAUUGUGAAUCCUACUGCACUGAUAGUCGUGCAACAAGCCAAGCUAUCCACCCCACCCCCACCCCCACCCCCACCCCAAGUUGCAUUUUUUUUUUACACCUGCACUUGACCAUUAGUACUAACCACAGAGAGAGACCAAAGCCUAGAUGGCAUCUUCAUCUUGUAAAGGCUGCACCAUAUAGGCUUACCGCCCGGCAACUCUCCCCCUAUGCAGGUGGAAGAAGCAGAAUAAAACAGUUGAGUGUCUGAGCAGUCCGCAGGCAGAUGGGAUGUAAUGUUGUGUGGUCGUGCUGAGCAUUCGCCUCCUUCUCAGCUACAGCUGCUUUCUAAAGAGUUGGUGUCCAGAGAAUGGCGCGGUUUGAAAACGAGAUGCCGUCCAGGUAUGGCGGCGGCCACGGCCAUGGACCAGGGCAUGGACCUGGAGGCCCUGGCCGCGGCGGCAGCCGGCAGGGCGGCCCGCCUGGAGGCCCCGGGGGACAGCGGGUCUACAAGCAGUCCAUGGCGCAGAGAGCCCGGACCAUGGCCCUGUACAACCCCAUCCCGGUGCGUCAGAACUGCUUCACCGUCAACCGCUCGCUGUUCAUCUUCAGCGAGGAUAACUUUGUGAGAAAAUACGAAAAGAUUACAGAAUGGCCUCCAUUUGAGUGGUUGAUCCUGGCCACCAUCUGUGCCAACUGUAUUGUCCUGGCUCUGGAGCAACAUCUGCCUGAUGGAGACAAGACUCCUCUGUCUGAACGCCUGGAUGACACUGAGCCCUACUUCAUAGGGAUCUUCUGUUUUGAGUCAGGCAUUAAGAUCCUGGCUCUAGGAUUUGCCUUCCAUAAGAACUCCUACAUAAGGAACGGAUGGAAUGCCAUGGACUUCGUAGUAGUAUGCACAGGGAUCCUGUCUACAGUGGGAUCGGACUUCGAUUUGCGGACUCUGAGAGCGGUCCGUGUACUGAGACCCCUCAAACUGGUGUCUGGGAUACCCAGCCUCCAGGUGGUCCUCAAGUCCAUCAUGAAGGCUAUGAUUCCACUGCUGCAGAUCGGCCUGUUGCUAUUCUUCGCCAUCCUCAUGUUCGCUAUCAUCGGCCUGGAGUUCUACAUGGGCAAAUUCCAUACUACCUGCUUUGACAUUCACACAGAUGAGAUUCGUGAGGAAGUUCCGUGUGGGACCGAAGCCCCGUCGAGACUAUGUCCAAACGGGACCACGUGUCGAAAGUAUUGGCUGGGUCCUAACUACGGCAUCACCCAGUUUGACAACAUCCUGUUUGCCGUGCUAACAGUCUUCCAAUGUAUUACCAUGGAGGGAUGGACUGACCUGCUCUACUAUAGCAACGAUGCCUCAGGGAGCGCGUGGAACUGGAUGUACUUCAUUCCCCUCAUCAUCAUCGGCUCUUUCUUCAUGUUGAACCUGGUCCUGGGUGUACUGUCUGGGGAGUUUGCCAAAGAGAGAGAGCGAGUGGAGAACAGGAGUGAGUUUCUAAAGCUGAGGAGACAGCAGCAGAUUGAGAGAGAGCUCAAUGGAUACCUGGAAUGGAUUUGUAAAGCAGAAGAAGUGAUCUUAGCAGAUGAUGAAGACCCUGAUGCCUUUGACGGCACCCGCAGGAGACCCACCAUCAAAAACCACAAGAACAAAACAGAUCUCCUUAACCCAGAGGAUGGGAAUGGAGACCUGGCAGUGGGUUCUCCAUUUGCGCGGGCCAGUCUGAAAAGUUCAAAGCUGGAGGGCUCUAACUUCCAUAAGAGGGAGCGUCGUCUGCGUUUUUUCAUCCGACGCAUUGUGAAGACCCCGUAUUUCUACUGGAGUGUACUGUGUCUGGUGGGACUUAACACCAUGUGUGUGGCUGUAGUACACUACGACCAGCCUGAACCACUCUCAGACUUCCUCUACUUUGCAGAGUUCGUCUUCUUGAGUAUCUUCAUUUCUGAGAUGGGUAUAAAGAUUUAUGGACUGGGGUCACAGCCUUACUUUCACUCCUCCUUUAACUGCUUUGACUGCAUUGUAAUAUGUGGCAGCAUAUUCGAGGUGCUGUGGGGUUUUAUCCAGCCUGGGACAUCCUUUGGUAUCAGUGUAUUACGAGCUCUAAGGUUACUGAGAAUCUUCAAAGUCACCAAGUACUGGGCGUCUUUGAGGAACCUGGUUGUAUCUCUGCUCAACUCCAUGAAAUCCAUUAUAAGCCUGCUCUUCCUCCUCUUCCUCUUUAUCGUCGUCUUCGCUCUGUUGGGCAUGCAACUCUUCGGAGGACAGUUUAAUUUUGAAUCUGGCACUCCCUCGACCAACUUUGAUACUUUCCCUGCAGCAAUAAUGACUGUGUUCCAGAUCCUGACCGGAGAAGACUGGAACAUGGUCAUGUAUGAUGGAAUAGAAUCUCAGGGAGGAGUCAACAACGGGAUGGUCUUCUCAGUCUUCUUCAUCGUGCUCACACUUUUCGGCAACUACACUCUGCUGAAUGUGUUCUUGGCCAUUGCUGUGGACAAUCUGGCCAACGCACAGGAACUCACUAAGGAAGAGGAAGCCGCUUCCAAGAAAAAUGCUUUGCAAAAAGCCAAGGAGGUGGCCGAAGUCAGCCCUCAGUCUGCAGCCAACCUGUCCAUAGCGGCUAAGGAGCAGCAGAAGAACAAUAAGGGUGGUAAUAAGUCUGUGUGGGAACAGAGGACCAAGGAGCUGAGGAAACAGACUCUAAUGACCAGCAGAGAGGCCCUCUACAACGAACUGGACCCAGAGGACCGCUGGAAGGUAAACUACUCCCGCCACAUCCGUCCUGACAUGAAGACCCAUACAGACCGCCCUCUAGUGGUGGACCCCCAGGAGAACCGCAACAACAACACCAACAAGACCACCAAAGAGCCUGACCCCCGCCUCAGCCAGCAGCACGCUGACGAGCUGGUCCGCAAGCAGACACACGUCCACGAGAGAGGAGGUGGGGGAGGAGGAGGUGGGGGCUCCGGGUCUGGUUCAGGCCCUGGAAGGCCUUACGAGCGGGCAGACUCUACGGAGAGCCGCAGGAGCCGUAAGGAGAGCAAGGAGCACCAGGAGCUCCAACACCACCACUCCUCCCAUACCCGCCUAGAUGCAACAAUGCUGGGACAGAGUGGGGAGGAUAGGCCCCAGAGAAGGCACCACCACCCACGGGGCCAGGUGGGCUCAUCGGAGCACAGGAAACCCCGCCAGCACCGCAUGCCCCCAGAGGACGAAGAGGGGGGAGGUGGAGGUGGAGGAGGGGAAAGGCGACACAAGAGCAGGGGGACAGAAGGAGAAGGCGAGGGGGAGCAAGAAGGGGGUGAUGGAGGUGAGAGGAGGCAGAGACGGCAUCGCCAUGGCACUCAGUCAGGGUGUGAUGGUGAGGGGAAGAGGACGCGGCAACACCGCAGGAAGGAUGGUCUCAACCUGUCCACCACACGGCCCAUCCAGAAGAGCCUCUGUAGACAGGACAGCCAGUACAGCGAGGACAUGGACAAUGUCAUGAACAGUAAACUGGCCACCAGCCCGCCCAAGCUACACCCAGGCUACACCCAGCAGCCCUGCCCAGCCUCGGGCCUCCCCAGCCCAGCCAACCACACUACCCCAGGCCCAGGCUUCGGCCCUGCAGGCCUCAACACUCACCUGACAAACAGCAGCUCCCACCUGGGCCUAGAUGGAAGCCUGGUUCCUGCAUACGGAAGUAGCACCCGGAUACCGGACCACACGGCAGUGGACAUACCACCCAUGUUUCCUUCCCACAACGCCAUAUUGCAGGUCAAUAAGAAUGCUAACACAGAGCCUCUGCCUAAGAAGGAGGAUAAGGAGGAUGAUGAUGAUGAGAAGGGUGAUGAAGAUGGACCCAAACCAAUGCCUCCCUAUAGCUCCAUGUUCAUCCUCUCUACUACCAACCCGUUCCGGAGACUAUGCCACUACAUUGUGACUCUGAAAUUCUUUGAGUUUGGUAUCCUGUCUACCAUCGCUAUGAGCAGUAUCGCCCUGGCAGCGGAAGACCCCGUCUGGCCAGAAUCACCUCGCAACAAUGUUCUGCGCUACUUUGACUAUGUGUUUACGGGAGUGUUCACUUUUGAGAUGUUGAUUAAGAUGGUGGAUCUGGGCCUGGUGUUGCACCAGGGCUCCUAUUUCCGUGACCUGUGGAACAUCCUGGACUUUAUAGUGGUUAGUGGUGCUCUGGUGGCCUUCGCCUUCACGGGAAGCAGUAAGGGGAAAGACAUCAGCACAAUCAAGUCUCUGAGGGUUCUGAGAGUGUUGCGACCUCUGAAGACUAUCAAGCGUCUUCCAAAGCUCAAGGCUGUGUUUGACUGUGUGGUCAACUCCCUGAAGAACGUCCUGAACAUCCUCAUCGUCUACAUGCUAUUCAUGUUUAUUUUUGCUGUGGUGGCCGUGCAGCUGUUCAAAGGGAGAUUUUUCUACUGCACUGACGAGUCCAAAGAGUUUGAACGCGAUUGCAGGGGCGAAUAUCUAGUCUAUGAGCGGAAUAAUGAAGUGAAGGCGCAGAAGCGGGAGUGGAAGAAGUACGAUUUCCACUACGACAACGUGCUUUGGGCCCUGCUCACCCUCUUCACCGUGUCUACCGGAGAGGGGUGGCCGCAGGUGCUGAAACAUUCAGUGGAUGCGACCUAUGAGAAUCAGGGCCCGAGCCCGGGGUACCGGAUGGAGAUGUCCAUCUUUUACGUGGUGUACUUCGUGGUCUUCCCCUUCUUCUUCGUCAAUAUCUUCGUAGCUCUCAUCAUCAUCACUUUCCAGGAGCAAGGAGACAAGAUGAUGGAGGAUUACAGUUUAGAGAAAAACGAGAGAGGCUGCAUAGACUUCGCCAUUAAUGCCAAACCGUUGACGCGACACAUGCCUAAGAACAAGCAAAGCUUCCAGUACCGCAUGUGGGAGUUUGUGGUGUCGCCGCCAUUCGAGUAUACAAUCAUGGCUAUGAUCGCGCUCAAUACUAUCGUACUGAUGAUGAAGUAUGACGGAGCCUCUCCGGCCUACGAGGCUGUGCUGGCCAACCUGAACAUCGUGUUCACCUCGCUGUUCUCCAUGGAGUGUGUGCUCAAGAUCAUCGCCUUUGGAGUGCUGAAUUACUUCAAAGAUGCCUGGAACAUUUUUGACUGUGUGACAGUCCUGGGCAGCAUUACAGAUAUUUUAGUGACUGAGCUCGGGAAUAACUUCAUCAACUUGAGUUUCCUGAGACUGUUCAGGGCUGCCAGGCUCAUCAAACUGCUCCGGCAGGGAGAGACCAUCCGCAUCCUGCUCUGGACCUUUGUUCAAUCCUUCAAGGCGCUGCCGUACGUGUGCCUGCUUAUCGGCAUGCUGUUCUUCAUCUAUGCCAUCAUCGGGAUGCAGCUGUUUGGGAACAUAGGGAUGGAGGAGGAGGAGGGGAGCGCCAUCAACGAACACAACAACUUCAGGACUUUCUUCCAAGCUCUCAUGCUGCUCUUCAGGAGUGCCACGGGCGAGGCGUGGCAUGACAUCAUGCUGUCGUGUCUUGGAGGGAAGCUCUGUGAUCCUCUGGCAGGGAAUACUGAACCAGAGUGUGGCAGCCAGUUUGCCUACCUCUACUUUGUGUCCUUCAUCUUCUUCUGCUCCUUCCUGAUGCUGAAUCUGUUCGUGGCUGUCAUCAUGGACAACUUUGAGUACCUGACCAGAGACUCCUCCAUCCUCGGCCCACAUCAUCUAGACGAGUAUGUCAGGAUAUGGGCUGAAUAUGACCAAGCAGCUUGUGGCAGGAUCAGUUGCAGGGAUAUGUAUGACAUGCUCAGGCAUAUGAGCCCUCCGCUAGGCCUGGGGAACAGGUGCCCAGCGCGGGUGGCCUACAAGAGGCUGCUGCGGAUGGACCUCCCGGUCGCCGACGACAACUCAGUCCACUUCAACUCCACCCUGAUGGCCCUGAUCCGCACGGCCCUGGACAUCAAGAUCGCCAAGGGUACGGAAGGAGGUGUGGACAAACACCAGAUGGAUGCAGAGCUGAGGAAAGAGAUGAUGGCGAUUUGGCCCAAUCUCUCCCAGAAGACCCUGGACCUCUUAGUCACGCCACAUAAGUCAACAGACCUGACGGUGGGGAAGAUCUACGCUGCCAUGAUGAUCAUGGAGUACUACAGGCAGAGCAAGGCCAAGCGCUCUCAGGCGCGGCUAGAGGCGGAGCAGAAUCGAACGACAUUACUGUUUCAGCGCGUGGAGCCGCCCUCCCCCAUCCAGGAUGGGCCUCUCUGCCUCCCUCCUACCCAACCGGCAGAUCCCAUCAACACCCUACCGGUGGAGGGGGGGGUUCCAGAGAGCCAGUCGUGGGUGACAGUGCGGGCUCAGGAGAUGUCCCAGAGAGUAGGCAGCUGGAGUCCUGAGGGACAGCACUCUGAGGAUGGCCUGGACAGCAGGCAUAACUCGCAGACGGUAGAGAUGAGAGAGAUGGGGCGUGACGGUUACUCGGAUACCGAGCACUUUCAGCCAAUGGAAGGCCACGGAAGGGCCGCUUCCAUGCCACGCCUUCCAGGCGACAACCAACGAAGGAAAGGGAGGCAGCGUGGAAAUAACCUCAGUACUAUAACAGAUAAUAGUCCUAUGAAGCGCUCGGCCUCCUCCCUUGGUCACAGUCGAUCUGGGAGGGGCCAGAGGGAAAGGGGUGGGGCCGAUGAUUAUGCAAUGGAGUAUGUGAUCCCCGAGGAGGGCGGAGCACCGAGGCACAGCCACCGACGCCGCGACCGAAGCCACCGGGCCUCUGAGCGGUCACUGUGUCGAUAUACAGACGCAGAUACAGGACUGGGCACAGACUUGAGCACCACCACUCAGUCAGGUGACCUGCCACCCAAGGAGAAGGACCGUGACCGCGACAGAGACCGCAGUAGGCAGAAAGACCGCAAACACCACCACCAUCACCACCACCAUCACAGCGGCUCUGUGGACAAGGAGCGCUACACACCAGACCGCGCCGACCGGGGGGGAGAGCACGGUGGUCACAGACAGCCCCGAGGAGACAGAGACCACGACCGGGAUAGAGAUCACGACCGGGAUAGGGACCACGACCGGGAUAGGGACCACGACCGGGAUAGGGAGCACGACCGGGAUAGGGAGCACGACCGUCGCUGGUCACGGUCACCCAGCGAGGGCAGAGAGUGCAUGACACACAGACAGGGCAGUAGUUCGGUGAGCGAAAGUCCCGCUCCCUCUACCUCGGGGACCAGUACCCCGAGACGAGGCCGUCGGCAACUCCCUCAGACCCCGGCAACGCCCCGCCCACACGUCACCUACUCUCCUGUCGUCCGUAAAGCUAUGGCCACACCUCCCGGAGCCCAGCCCCUGGGGCGCAAUCCCGCCCCCACCCCUCACCGCUUCUCCCCUGAGCCCCCCCAGGGACCUCCCCCACCCCACCAUGGCUCACCCAACCAAGCCUGCCACCUCCCUCCCCGCUGGGGGGACGGGGGAGGAGGAGGAGAGAGUGGGUCACUGGAGGGCGACGACUGCUUCUACAACCAGGACUACCAGGAUUACGAACGUGAGCACCACAAACCGCCUCCCUACGAGCAGAGCCCCACACAGGGCAACCCUCACAAACCUCACCCCCUCAACCACCCUACUCUCCCCGUGCUAAACCAUCCCCCAACCCCACAGCAGCAGCACCCUAUCAACCCCCACCCCAACAACCCCCACUCCCGCACCUCGCCCAGGACUUCCCGCCAUGCACCCCCACCCAACACCACCCCCACCCCCCAAGGGCAGCAGCCUCCCCCCACUCGACGCCUCCCCAAUGGUUACCGUGCCUCCUCCCCCUCCUCGCAACACCACCACGGCCCCACCCACCCCGGGCCCCACAAGGUCCCCCCUCCCCAGCCUAGAGGGCCCCGCACUAAAGACCUGCACGAACCCUACAACAACACGGAUGACAACAGGUGCUAGCCUCUGGAGACUAUGGAGGGAGGGAGGGAGGGCUCAACCACACUGUCUGAGUUAUCAGUCCCUACCUCCCAGCCCAGGAAAACACACAGCCAGAGCACUGAUCACCAUGAGACAGGGGAAACCAAGGCAUGAUUCUUUCUUUCCUUAUUUCCGUUUGUUUUUAUUUUUGUUUCUUCUGCUGCUCAGUGCUUCCCGGGGAUGGAGGGAGUGAGGAAGGGGUAGUUAGAAUAAAGGGAUGAGGAGGAGGACCACUGAAGGAUGAGUGGAAAUUAGUGAACAGGGUAUGGAGUACAAACCAAUUCCUUCUCCAAAAACAAUGGAACCCAGCUCAUCAGAUGCAAGGAGUUUUUCAAAAUGGAUGAUUUCAAAAUGGAUGAUACGGGGACGGAUGCUUUUCUCAACGUAUCAUGAUGCUACGCCUCUGGAAACAAUAUUAAAAACCUCCACAACGACCAAGACGUCAUCACGUAAUCAACACAAGAAACUAUGACAUUGCGGAGAACUAAGUGGAGUUGCGUUAGUUGCAAAAACCAACCACGACCCUCGAUGAUGGGGAGAUAUUGAUGAGUUUUAUCAUCUGUGUUUACUGUUAAUAAUGACAUCAGUGAUGAUGAGCCUUCCACCUGAGUGCGGUGGGGGGAGUGGGGGACACACCGGGACACACACCCUAACUCUGAACGAGAGAGGGGGUAAUGUAGGCGGAAUCUAUCCAUCCCAACCCCCCAAAAAAGAUUCCGCCCCAACCGAGUCGAGAAGAAACAUAAAAAAGUGGAUGGUGAACAUAAAAAUAAAUAAAAAAUAAAAACAAACAUUUUCUUCAGUAUUUCUUCUUCUACUCCUGCGGCUGCUACUUUUCCCUCUUCCUCUUCUUCUUCGAAACAUUGAAGCUUGAUUCUUCUGUUGCACCCGCACAGCUUCGUUGGAACUUGCAGAGUUUAAAAACCUGUGGAAUCCUGCAUGAUUGAUACAAAAAAAUGAUAACAAAGAGAAACUACUGUAAUGUGGGGGAAACUAUCCCUGGGUCCUUUCUAUAUUAGUCUGUGGGGUUCUCUCUUUUUCCUGUAAAUCCCUUUGUUUCUCUCUCUUCACCCUGAGGCAUCCCUCUCUCUCUCUCUCUCUCUCUCUCUCUCUCUCUCUUCCUGUGCUGGAGGUAUAAUCAGAAUAGUUAGGAUGGAUGGAGAGAUGAGGCGAUGAGGAAGAGAAGCACAAGGUCCAAGCCUUUUUUAUGCGGAGGGACAGGAUGAUCUAUUUCCCACUUUGUUCUUAUUGAAAUGCUCUGUGCCAAAUUAUAACUGUUGAUGUGGCUGAGAUUUGCACAAUCAUUUUCAAGGAAGUAGAUAUUUUGUUACAAGGCCUAGUUUUAUUUCAUGGGAGGAAAGAAGGCAGGAAAGUAUGAAAACACAGACCCCACAUAUUAUUGGUUCAUAUUAAAAGGGAGUUGAAACUGGGGGAGGAAGUUACAAGCACGCUCCAUGGUCCUUAUUGGCUCUUCAUCUGCAGAUGCAUAGCCUCGUUCAAACCAGAGAUAUGUCUCUAGUCUUCCAGGGUUUGUGUUUGAAAGAGCGAUGAAAAGAGAGAGAGAGAAAGAAAGGCCGAUGAAAGGAGGGAACCUCUUCAUCUUUCGUUUAUUUGUUAUUAAUAGUGAUAAUGGUUCUAUAGAUACUGAUAACAAUACUAUUGAUGAUUAUGAUAAUGACGAUGAUGAUAAUAAUAACGAUGAUGAUAAUGGUGAUGAUGAUGAUGACAAUGUUCAUGCUUGUGAGAGAGAAUUAUUUUAGUCUUGUAUUUGUGUUUGUUACUUUCGAGUCGGUUGUGCUCAGCGCGUCACCAUCUUUGUUUCGUGAGACGUUCUGUCUGGUUGGUGGUCCACUGGUCCGGCUGGUGGGCGGAGCUUUGUCAGAGAGGUGCAUUGUGGGAACAGGAGUAAUCAUAGUAAUGACUCUGAUACAGUGUAAUACGGUGGGGAAGAGAAAAGGAACUUAAAAAGGAACUUUCAAAAAAGAACAAUGUCAAACAUCAUACAGGAAAUCAUGUAUCUGACAUGUAUACUUGUUCAUUGGACAGUUGUUUACAUAUAUUAAUAAUUUGGGUAAAUAUAGGGCAGCUAAAUGGUCUUGCUUAGGUAACGAGGUCUACAGACUAAAGUAGACCAGAUAAAGCAUUAAUGAGACAGAGCUCCUCUGCCAGUUUGGCCCUCUAGGUGGCACUGUAUGCAAUACAUUGCAUCCCUGUCCUAUUGCAUCAUUCUAUCACCCCUUCUAUUUUGACUGUCGGAUUCCAAUGUUUUCGUAUCUGUCUUUAAACUGGGAGCAUAAGGUUUAAGUGUUGUCUGUCACUGGUGGAUCACCUCCUUUGUGUUCAGGACAUGUAACACAGCCAAUCACAAAUGCACAGGACAUGUAUCACAGCCAAUGAAAAUGCAUGGGAGAAACAAUGACUGGGUCUUUUCUGCCAAACCUCUGUGUCCUGUUUCACCCUAUUCUCUUUUUGUGUGUCUUUGUGCGCCUCAACUUAACAUCCAUCCUAAUACCCACCACUGUCCCGUACAGUGUCUCUCUCACAAUUGCCGGACUUUGAGGAUUGCCAUAGUGAACCAUUAAUUUAUUAGAAUUGUCAUUAUUAUUAUUAUUAUUAUUACACCCCAUGUCAAAACCAUUAGCGUCAGGUAACAGUGUUUGUUCAUGGCUGCCAUAGAUAUAGCGCAGUUAGAUCUGCACAAAUCUGGAUUCUGAUGUACUGUAAAGACAUAUCCCAUGAUUCUAUGUACCACACUUUGACCAGGAAGUGCACAGGCACAUUGCCUUUACAGUAUUCAUCUAACGUAGGAAUGUCAUAGACGUGUAUAAGUCACAUCACAACACUGAUAAGAUAGGAAUACACAGAUACACUCUCAGUAUGUAGCUCCUGGCUGUAGCAAGUAUGCGUGUACGUGCGUAUGGCGUGUGUGUGUUUGCAUGUGUGUCUGUGUAUGAAUGCGUUCUUUUAUAGCAAGAAUGUGUGUGUACAUCCAAUGUGUGUGUGUACAUCAAUAGCUAGCUGUUUUCGUUGGAUAUUUCAUUUCAUUUGUUUAUUUGCUUUGAAUAUUUGGUGAUGACAUUUGAGUUGGUAAGUGUGUGUGUGUGUGUGUGUGUGUGUGUGUGUGUGUGUGUGUGUGUGUGUGUGUGUGUGUGUGUGUGUGUGUGUGUGUGUGUGUGUGUGUGUGUGUGUGUGUGUGUGUGUGUGUGUGUGUGUGUGUGUGUGUGUGUGUGUGUGUGUGCCUGCCUGUGUUUUUGAGCGAGUGUCAGAAUGUUUGUGUCUGUGUGCAAGAUGAAAUAAGAUGUCAAUCACCCUACAAUUGAAACUAUGAGAGGCCCUAACAUUCACUGUCAAUCAUUGUGUCCUGUACUGACCAACCAUCCACUAACAACACAUAUUCUAAAUAACCCCACUGUUACUUCAAAAAGCAACGUAAAGCUGCUAUGGAAAACAUAGAAAUAAAAGCAUUUUAAGUACCAAAAAAAUACCAUAAAAAGGGAAAAUAUCUACUUCCAGAACUGCAUGUGCUAUGUGCAUGCCACACCGUGGGUGAACAGUCAUCUUCAGGAAUCAAAAAAUAAGAAUAUGAAUUCAGAUUUUAAAAAAAUAUAUGAAUAUAGAUAGAUGUUUAUACUAAGCAACAUGUUUUCUUUCUUCCUUCUAUUUUUGAGAACAAAAAAGGUUAAAAAAAAAUAUAUAUAAAAAAACCAUCAGCUGAGAUUUGUUUGGUUUGUUUAUUUAUGUUGCCAGCUGUUAACUGUAAACAUGGAGGUGAGACACUACACAGCCAUGUUCAGGACAAUACAAAAAAAAAGAGAAGUCCUCUUUUAAAGAAGAGAAUCAAAUGAAAAGAGAUGGGGAUAUCCCUGCCUACUUUUGGGUGGGGCCAGGAGCCAGCCAAAUCUGAUGAUGUAACCCUUAAAACUCUGGCUGUGGGAUCUUUUAUCUCUCACUCACUCCCUCUCUAUUUCUCUCUCACUCUUAUCUCUCACACUCUCAACCUAUCUCACCGCUAUUUCUACCCGUGCAUUUUGUAAUUCCAGACAGAAUUCUUCCUAAUGAAUAAAAACCAGAGAGAUGCACA